AUUUUGUGACGUUCUAAGCUGCAGAUCAUAUGACAACAACAACAAAAUGUCUUGACAGAUAGAAAGAAAACAUUAAAACGAACAGAAAGUCACCUCCUCCCUCUUUUAAACUUAAAAGUGUUCUGAUCUUUGUUGGAACAUUGACAUCUGCAACCAUGGCUGGCGAUAUCAAUGAGAUUGGCACCCAAUUUUCAAAGAGUGUUGGGUUGAUAUACAUUUUCAACUUGAUUGUUGGUACCGGAGCUCUUACAAUGCCCAGAGCUUUUGAACAGGCUGGAUGGGUUCUAAGCUUGGUCAUAAUUAUUGUUCUAUCUUUCAUGAGUUUUAUGACAGUAACAUUUGUAACUGAAGCUAUGGGUAUAGCUAAUGCUUUACUGAAGAAACACAACACACACAGAACUAGUGUAAAUGCUGGUGCUGAAGAUGAUGACGAAGUUGAACCAUUGCUGGCUAAUGGAAGACAUGUUAAUGAAGAACCUCCAGAUGCCAACCCAUUUGAAAUAUCCAUGAGAACAGAGCUGGGUCACAUGGCUGGGCUGUUUUUCAAUAAAAUUGGGUUGUUUGUAUUUAAUGUGACUAUAGUCAUCUAUUUGUAUGGAGAUUUGUCUAUAUAUGCUGCAGCAGUGCCAAAAUCUAUCAGGGAUAUUUCAUG